AGUCAUACACUUCUUCUCUAUAGUCUAUACUAUACGCAUGAUGAUGAUAACAAUAAUAAUAAUAUCAGGCUUUGUGUCUGUGUGCCCCUAAUGCCUUCCACUCCUAACUAUAUAUGCUUUUUAAUUUUGCCCUUUACUCUUCUAGACACAAGUUCUUUUCUUUUUGACUGUGACACCCUUCUAUAUUCUUUUCAUUUGGCCCCUUUAAUACCUUUUGGCCUAAACAAAGCAAAAAAGAAAAAAAAACCAAUUGGCAUAUUUACAACCCCGUUAAUCCCCAAACCAAAAUUACCAAACUAAUUUUUACAAAAAGCCAUUAAAAGAACAAAUGGGUCUCUGUUCUUUCUUUCUUUCUUUCUACAUAUGGCUAAAUGCACAGAUCUGUGGCGUUAAAUCCUCAUUGUUUUAAGAUAAAACCAGGUUUUUUGAAGUGGGUUUCCUUUAUUUCCUCAACCUAUUUUAGGAAAAUUAAGACUUUUGCAUUUGUUUACUGCUGAUAUGGUUCUGGUGUGUGUUUUUCUUGUUCCAAUCAGAAAGAACAACUGGGUCUCUGCAAGGAAGUUUCUUACCUUUUGUUAAUGGAUGGGUCCGUGGAUCUAUGGAUUUGAAAAAACCUCAUUUUUUAAAGCUUAAAACUUGUUUUGGUGAAGUGGGUUUUUAUAAAUUUUUGUGAAUAUUAAUUGGCAUUGGAGAGAAAAAAAAAAAUCAAGGCUUUUUCCAAAGUUGGAGCAAGGCGUGUGUUGAUUUGUUGAAGGAGAGAAAUGAUUCAGUUGUUGUUCUUGGUUUUGUUUGCUGAGGGUGUUUUGGCAUUUCUUCUAUUAGUCAAGAUUGGGCCUUUGAGAGAGCUUGUGAUAAAGAGUUUGGAUCAGCUGAAGACUGGGAAGGGUCCUGCCACUGUGAAAACUAUAGCUGGUACCAUGUCUGUGAUUCUACUAUCAAGCCUUAUGAGCAUUGUUAAGAUCCAGAACAAGGGUGCAAAGCUUGGAACCAUGUCACCCAUGGAUCAGGUUUUAUGGAGGACCCAUUUGCUUGAGGCUUCACUCAUGGGUUUUACCCUAUUUCUUGGAUUCAUAAUUGACCGUAUGCAUCACUAUCUCCAAAAGCUUAUUGGAUUGAGGAGUAGCGUGGGAGCUUCAAAAGAGGAAGUUGAAAGGGUUCAGAAGGAAAAGACAGAACUCAAAGAAAAAGAAGAGAAAGCUUCCAAGGAGAUAAAGCGGCUGCAAGAAGAAAUAGCUUCUCUAUCAGAGAAUUUGAAGAAGGUGAAGCUAGAAUCUGAAGAGAAAGAUAAGAGAGUUGAAUCUGCUGAAAGCCAUGUUGCUGCCCUUCAAAAACAAGCCGCAGACCUACUUCUUGAAUACGACCGUCUAUUAGAAGACAACCAAAAUCUUCAGACUCAGGCUAUGGGAUAUAGAUAGGACUUAAUUCUAAAAGACACCAAGGUUUAGUCUUGGCAGUUAAUUUUGGUCACUAGUGACGUUGAUGAAAAGUCCCAUGUUUCAAGGAAAUGGUCUUUUAUUUAUUCGGCCCUGCCAUUGGGAAAAGUGGAUGGAAUAGGUUUGUUUUUUGGUCCACUUUUCUUGAAAUUUUAGUUAGUCCACCUCAAUGUUGUUCUAGUUGAUACCCACUAUUCUUCUCUUUCAGUUUUCUGGAACAGAUAUCAUAAUUUUGUUUACUAAUUUUUUCUGUGAGAUAAAUGUUACUAGUCUAAGGUUUGGUUAUGUAUCA